UCCUUCCCCCUCUUCCUCCCACUAAACAGUAAGACCAGAAAAACUCAACAAACAAAACUCAAAUUCCCCCAGGGACCAUCCCCCCUGAUUUUUGUCUCUUUGCAUGUUAAAUUCAGCAUGUUUCUGGCAGAGGACAAAUGAUAUAUUUUAUUAUAAUUUACUUACUCUGGGAGUUUAACCAUGAAAGGAAGGAGUGAUGUGGUCUAAUAGUUAGCAGGGAUACAUGGCUCAAAUGGUUUUUUUUGAGGAUGGGGAGACAUGGGCAUGUUUGUCAGUGACAGCGAAACAGUCACAAGACAGGGAGAGACUGAAGAUUAAUGAGUGGGGUGAUAUCUGCCAGAGAUGACAGGAUGGAAUGGGAUGACUUAUGCCUGUUGAGUGGUUUGUUUUGGCAAGAAGGAGGGCCAAUCUUCAAGCGAGGCCAGAGUCGAAGGGAGAGAGAGUGGAGGAAAAUGGCUGAGUGAUGUGAGAUGAGGAGGAGGAGGGAAGAGGAAGUUUUCCAUAAAUGACCCCAUUUUUUUUUUUUUUUGUAUGAGGCAGUCUUCAGCUGGGGGCUGACUUGAGCCCCCAAGGAAGACUUGAGGAGCCUUUCCAUCCUUACAAUUUGGAAAGGCUUGGAAAAACUGCUGUGAUGAUUGGGAUAAGCAGUCAGUUAGAGUGUGUCAAGGAUUGCCCUGCGUCAGCGAGGGCCCGGUUGAGAUUAUGUAACAUGAAUUUUUGGUUCUUCUUCAGUUCUCUUCUGUUGCACGUGAGUAAGAGUGAAGGAGGCAGAUCCAUGGUUGAGGCUUGACAAGGAACACUUGACUGUAGGAGAAGUGGGUUGAGAUAGGGAAGGAAGGAAAGUGUGGACGAUGUAGGGAUGGAAGCUAGAGAAAAAAUCAAGGGGUGAUUUGUAGGUCAUGGGGAGGAUGAAGAAUGAAACUGAGAAAAAGAUAAGAAAUAACUUCAGAGUUCAUUAUAGUAGAAGUGGAAGAGUUGGACGCCACGGCAGAGUGUCUGUGUGUAGCCGUAACAGGGAUAGAAUACUUUGUCUGGGAUGAUGCAGGAAGUAGUUCAGAGCCCCCACUAGGCCCCUUUCCCCUGAUUCCCAAUGUAAGUGAUGGCUCUCGCUCUCUGGAGUCCCAGAUUUUAGAGUUUGAUGGAGGAGCCAUGGACCAGGCACCAGAUGACCAUGUUAAAUACUGCACGGCCCCCCACUCCGCCCGGAGCACCCCCAGCAGCUCCCCUUCCCUCCGGAAGCGGUUGCUGCUGCUGCCCCCGAACCGAUCCCCCCCUGCAGAGCAGGACACUGGAGCCAUGGUGGAGAAGGGGUCAGAGAAGGGCUCCGACAGCUCCUCGGAGAAAGGCGGAGGGGCAAGCAGCCCCGGAACCCAGUCGCUCAGUAGCAGAAACUUCAUCAGAAACAGCAAGAAAAUGCAGAGCUGGUACAGUAUGUUGAGUCCUACUUAUAAACAGCGGAAUGAGGACUUCAGAAAACUCUUCAGUAAACUUCCCGAGGCUGAGCGGCUCAUCGUGGAUUACUCCUGUGCCCUGCAGAGGGACAUCCUUCUCCAAGGCCGCCUCUACCUCUCUGAAAAUUGGAUCUGUUUCUACAGCAAUAUCUUCCGUUGGGAAACCACGAUCUCAAUCCAGCUGAAGGAAGUCACAUGUCUGAAGAAGGAGAAAACGGCCAAACUGAUUCCCAAUGCCAUCCAGAUCUGCACCGAGAGCGAGAAACAUUUCUUCACCUCCUUUGGAGCCCGAGACCGCUGUUUCCUGCUCAUCUUCCGCCUUUGGCAGAAUGCCCUGCUGGACAAGACUCUGUCACCCCGGGAGCUGUGGCACCUGGUGCAUCAGUGCUAUGGGUCCGAGCUUGGUCUCACCAGUGAGGACGAAGACUACGUCUGCCCUCUGCAGCAGCUGAAUGGCUUGGGGGGCCACAAGGAGGUGGGGGAUGUGAUUGCCUUGAGUGAUAUGACCCUGCCCCAUAGGUCUCCAGACCUCAGCCGCGAGCCCAGCCCCACGGCGUCCCGGAGGACCCAGCUAACGCCGUGCCCCUCCCAGGCCAGCAGCGACGGGGACAACGUGGGGGAGGAGGAUAAAGAAAGGCAGACGGACAGUCAGCCGGACGCUUCCUCCAGUCAGACGGUCACACCAGUGACCGAGCCCCCGCCCCCUGAGAUGCCCCCUGAUGGCCCGGCCCCCCUGACCCCUUUGGACCUGCUGCCCAGUGAAGAGAUGUUGACGGACACAAGUAACUCCUCCUCCUCGGCCACGGAGGAAGCUGACCUGACCUCUUUCCUCCCGGACCUCUCGGGCCGCCUGCUCAUCAACUGCGUGUUCCACAUGGGGGCCGAGCGCUUGCAGCAGAUGCUGUUCUCCGACUCCCCCUUCCUGCAGGGCUUCCUCCAGCAGCGGAAGUUCACGGAUGUGACAUUCACCCCAUGGAGUGGGGAGAGUAAAUGUCAUCAGAGCCGUGUCCUGUCCUAUACCAUCCCCAUCAGCAACCCCCUGGGCCCCAAGAGCGCGACGGUGGUGGAGACCCAGACGCUGUUCCGCCGGAGCCCUCAGGGUGGGGGCUGCGUGGUGGAUUCCGAGGUCCUCACUCAGGGCAUUCCCUAUCAAGACUAUUUCUACACAGCUCAUCGAUACUGCAUCCUGAGCCUAGCCAGGAACAAGACCCGCCUCCGCGUCUCAUCCGAGAUCCGUUACCGGAAGCAGCCCUGGAGUCUGGUAAAAUCCCUUAUCGAGAAGAACUCCUGGAGCGGCAUCGAGGAUUAUUUCCACCACUUGGAGAGAGAGCUCUCCAAAGCAGAGAAACUGUCCCUGGAAGAGGGUGGGAAGGAGGCCCGGGGGCUGCUGUCGGGCCUGAGACGGCGCAAGAGGCCUCUGAGCUGGAGGAACCACGGGGAGGCCCCCGCUCACGCUGACCCCGACACAUGUCCCCGGGGGGGCCUGCACCCUUCAGGCUCCAUCACUUCUCGACUCUCGGAGCCGGCCCUGGACCAGAGCCCCGGGUCCGGCAUCCCUGGGAUCCUGCUCAUCAUCAGCAUCGUGAUCUGUGUAAGCCUGGUCAUCCUGGUGGCCCUGAACGCCCUCCUCUUCUACCGGCUCUGGUCCCUGGAGCGCACGGCCCACACUUUUGAGGCCUGGCACAGCCUGGCUCUGGGCAAGGAGAAGUUCCCCCAGACGGCCGCCGAGUGGGCCGAGAUCUUGGCCCUGCAGAAGCAGUUCCACAGCGUGGAGGUGCACAAGUGGCGGCAGAUCCUGCGGGCCUCGGUGGAGCUGCUGGAUGAGAUGAAGUUCUCCCUGGAGAAGCUGCACCAGGGCAUCGAGAUGUCGGAACCCCCCUUUGACCCCGAGCCCCUUGGAGAGAACGCCUUCUCCUGAGACCCCCUCCCGCGCCCUCCCCACUACCCCCGAGGAAUGGACACACGGACAGCCUCAGUGGCCACUGCUGGACCAGUGCUGGACCCUUUGGAUGCCUGCUUCCUCCCGGCCCCUCCCAGCCCCUGCUGCGCCUCCUCCCCCUGUUUUGCACCUGUAACCCCAUUAUCUCCCAUCCCGGCGAGAAACUCCUCCCUAUGAACAGAACGGUCCCACGCCCGCCCCCUCGCCCCGUCGGGGAGAAUGGCCGGACCCUUGGACUGCGGAGCUGCGAUGCACUUUAGUACCUGGGAGGGUGCGCUGGGGGCAGUGGAGGAAUGGGGGCAAGAACUCCAGCCUCCAACAGCUGCCUGCCUCCCCCUCUCCCUCUCCCAGAUGAUACUUGAGUUGAUCCUGGAGCUGGUUGCAAGGGCCCUCUCUGCAGCUCCUUCCCCCCCUUUUCCCUCCGGGUAAUUUAUUUUGAAAGGGUCAAGCUGCCCCUGGAAGGGGGACAGACCUAGGGUGGGGAGUCCUAUGGACAGGGGAAGGCUGACUGUCUAGUGUUCCCCCCAGAGAUGGGGCGUAAUGUAUUAUAUUUAUUUGGGGCAAACGGAGCCCCAAUAAAGGGUCGGAAAUGUU